AUGAAAUCAUUUGUUUCGUUUAAAGAUAAGAAUCAUUCUAAAAGUGGUGUAACCAGUCCACUAGCUAACGAGGACGAAUUGUUUUCUGGCUCUGUCAUUUACAAUAUCAAACGUCUACUUUGUAUACCUGACACAGACCCUGCAGUUCAUCAGAGCAAAUAUCCAUUUUUAAUGCAGUCACUAAAUACGGGUGACAUGCCACUUAUUGCUCCCUUAAGUGAUCGAUGUGGAUUUAUUCUCAAGUAUAGUGCCCGAGUAGUAAAUACACUGUAUUCUUGUUCCCGUCUCCAAUUACCACUUAGCAUAUCUCCGUCGGCGAUUUGA